CUCCGUCACCGCGCGCCUGAGCCGCCGUUGCCGCGCGCCCUGCCCGGGGGCGGCCCCCCUAGCCCCAUGGAGGUCUCUCGGAGGAAGGCGCCGCCGCGCGCCCCGCGCCCCGCCGCGCGGCUGCCCCUGCUCGCCUAUCUGCUGGCUCUGGCAGCGCCUGGCUGGGGAGCGGACGAGCCCGUGUGGCGGUCGGAGCAAACCAUUGGAGCUAUCGCGGCGAGCCAGGAGCACGGCGUGUUCGUGGCGAGUGGCAGCUGCCUGGACCAGCUGGACUACAGCCUGCAGCGCCGGUUCUCGCGCCUGUACCGGGACCAAGCGGGCAACUGCACAGAGCCCGUCUCGCUGGCGCCCCCCGCGCGGCCCCGGCCGGGAAGCAGCUUCAGCAAGCUGCUGCUGCCCUACCGCGAGGGGGCGGCCGGCCUCGAGGGGCUGCUGCUCACCGGCUGGACCUUCGACAGGGGCGCCUGCGAGGUGCGGCCCCUGGACAACCUGAAUCGCAGCUCUCUUCGCAACGGCACAGAGGUGGUGUCGUGCCACCCACAGGGCUCGACGGCUGGCGUGGUGUACCGUGCGGGCGAUAGGAACCGCUGGUACCUGGCUGUGGCCGCCACCUACGUGCUGCCCGAGCCCGAGACGGCGAGCCGCUGCAAUCCGGCAGCGUCCGACCGAGACACGGCCAUCGCUCUCAAAGACACGGAGGGGCGCAGCCUGCCCACGGAGGAGCUGGGCCGCCUCAAGCUGAGCGAGAGCGCGGGCAGCCUUCACUUUGUGGACGCCUUUCUCUGGAACGGCAGCGUCUACUUCCCGUACUAUCCCUACAACUACAGCAGCGGUGCCGCCACCGGCUGGCCCAGCAUGGUGCGCAUCGCACAGAGAGCCGAGGUGCAGUUCCAGGGCCAGACGGCCCUCGAUUGCGGCCACGGUCACCCAGAUGGCCGCCGCCUGCUCCUCUCCUCCAGCCUGGUGGAGGCCCUGGACGUCUGGGCGGGCGUGUUCAGCGCGGCCACCGGAGAGGACCAGGAGAGGCGCUCCCCCGCCACCACCGCGCUCUGCCUCUUCAGGAUGAGUGAGAUCCAGGCGCGCGCCAGUAACUGCAGCCGGGACUUCAAGACGACGGACCAAAACUGCAAAAAAGAGAAUCAACCUGAAAGAGUACAACCGAUUGCAUCAUCUACCUUGAUCCAUUCCGACCUGACAUCCGUUUAUGGCACCGUGGUCAUGAACAGGACUGUUUUAUUCUUGGGGACUGGAGAUGGCCAGUUACUUAAGGUUAUUCUUGGUGAGAAUUUGACUUCAAAUUGUCCAGAGGUUAUCUAUGAAAUUAAAGAAGAAACACCUGUUUUCUACAAACUUGUUCCUGAUCCAGUGAAUAAUAGCUACAUCUAUCUAACAGCUGGGAAAGAGGUUAGGAGAAUUCAUGUUGCAAACUGCAGUAAACAUAAAUCCUGUACGGAGUGUUUAACGGCAGCAGACCCUCACUGCGGUUGGUGUCAUUCGCUACAAAGGUGUACUUUUCAAGGAGAUUGUGCACCUCCAGAGCACUCAGGAGACUGGCUGGAUAUUUCAUCUGGAGCUGAAAAGUGCCCUAAAAUUCAGAUGAUUCAAAAGAGUAAAGCUGAGACUGUUGUGACUGUGGUUGGAAACUUUUCUCCAAGACAUUCAGUGUGUGUGGUGAAUAAUGCCGACACCAAGAAGGAUCUGUGCAAGAGUAAAAGUCAGAAAAACCAGACCUGCGUCUGUAGCAUCCCAACCAGAGCAACCUACAAAGAUGUUUUAGUUGUCAAUGUGAUGUUCUCCUUUGGUGCUUGGAAUUUAUCAGAGAGAUUCAACUUCACCAACUGCUCAUCAUUAAGAGAAUGCCCAGUAUGUAUUGGAACUGGCUGUGCUUGGUGUAACCAUGAGAGAAAGUGUAUCCACCCCUUCACAGUUUGUGACCGUCCAGAUUACAAGAGAAACCAGAAACUGUGUCCAGUUGCUGUUGAGAAAUGGCUACCAUCCAAGAUAUCAGGAGGAGGAAGAUUCAAGGGGAAUAAGACUAGCAGAACCAACGAGAGCUUACAGGUCUUCUACAUUAAGUCCAUUGAGCCACAGAAAAUAUCGACCUUAGGGAAAAGUAACGUGAUAGUUACAGGAGCAAACUUUACCUGGGCAUCUAACAUCACAAUGAUCCUGAAAGGAACCAGUACUUGUGAUAAGGAUGUGAUACAGGUUAGCCAAGUGCUAAAUGACACCCAUAUGAAAUUCUCUCUUCCAUCAAGCCGAAAGGAAAUGAAGGAUGUGUGUAUCCAGUUCGAUGGUGGUAACUGUUUUUCCGUGGGAUCAUUAUCAUACAUUGCUCUGCCACACUGUUCCCUAAUAUUUCCUGCCACCACCUGGAUCAGUGGUGGUCAAAAUAUAACCAUAAUGGGCAGAAACUUUGAUGUAAUUGACAACUUAAUCAUUUCACACGAAUUAAAAGGAAACAUCAAUGUGUCUGAAUAUUGUCUGGCGACUCAGUGCAGGUUUUUAGCCCCCAAUUUAAAGAGCUCAAAAUUGCGUACAAAUGUCACUGUGAAGCUAAGAGUACAGGACACCUACUUGGAUUGUGGGACCUUGCAGUAUCUUGAAGACCCCAGGUUUACUGGGUAUCGGGUAGAAUCCGAGGUGGACAGGGAACUGGAAGUAAAAAUUCAAAAAGAAAAUGAUAACUUCAACAUUUCCAAGAGAGACAUUGAAAUUACUCUCUUCCAUACGGAAAAUGAGCAAUUUACUUGCAACUUUGAAAAUAUUACUAGAAAUCAAGAUCUCACCACCAUCCUUUGCAAAAUUAAAGGCAUUGGUGAUGCAAACAGCAUUGCCGCCUCUUCCAAGAAAGUCCGUGUCAAACUGGGAAACUUGGAGCUCUUUGUUGAGCAGGAAUCAGUUCCUUCCACUUGGUACUUUCUGAUUGUGCUUCCCGUCUUGCUAGUGAUUGUCAUUUUUGCCGCUGUGGGGGUGACCAGGUACAAAUCGAAGGAGCUGAGUCGAAAACAGAGUCAACAGCUGGAGCUCCUGGAGAGCGAACUCCGGAAAGAGAUACGUGAUGGCUUUGCUGAGCUGCAGAUGGAUAAAUUGGAUGUGGUUGAUAGUUUUGGAACUGUUCCCUUCCUUGACUACAAACAUUUUGCUCUGAGAACUUUCUUCCCUGAGUCAGGUGGCUUCACUCACAUCUUCACUGAAGAUAUGCAUAACAGAGACGCCAAUGACAAGAAUGAAAGUCUCACAGCUUUGGAUGCCCUCAUUUGUAAUAAAAGUUUCCUUGUUACCGUCAUUCACACCCUUGAAAAGCAGAAGAACUUUUCAGUGAAGGACAGGUGUCUGUUUGCCUCCUUCUUGACCAUUGCACUGCAAACUAAGCUGGUCUACCUGACCAGCAUCCUGGAGGUGCUGACCAGGGACUUGAUGGAACAGUCAAGUAACAUGCAGCCUAAACUCAUGCUAAGGCGCACGGAGUCCGUGGUCGAAAAACUCCUCACCAACUGGAUGUCUGUCUGCCUUUCUGGUUUCCUUCGGGAGACUGUUGGUGAGCCAUUCUAUUUGCUGGUGACGACUUUGAACCAGAAAAUAAACAAGGGUCCCGUGGAUGUCAUCACUUGCAAAGCCCUGUACACCCUUAAUGAAGACUGGCUGCUGUGGCAGGUUCCGGGAUUCAGUACUGUGGCAUUAAACGUCGUCUUUGAAAAAAUUCCAGAAAACGAGAGUGCAGAUGUCUGUCGAAAUAUUUCAGUCAAUGUUCUUGAUUGUGAUACCAUCGGCCAAGCCAAAGAGAAGAUUUUCCAAGCGUUCUUAAGCAAAAAUGGCUCCCCUUAUGGACUUCAGCUCAAUGAAAUUGGACUUGAGCUUCAAGUGGGCACACGGCAAAAAGAGCUUUUGGAUAUUGACAGUUCCUCUGUGAUUCUCGAAGAUGGAAUAACUAAGUUAAAUACCAUUGGUCACUAUGAGAUAUCAAAUGGAUCCACUAUAGAAGUCUUUAAGAAGAUAGCAAAUUUUACAUCAGACGUGGAAUACUCAGACGACCACUGCCAUUUGAUUUUACCAGAUUCAGAAGCAUUCCAAGAUGUACAAGGAAAGAGACAUCGAGGGAAGCACAAGUUCAAAGUAAAAGAAAUGUAUCUGACAAAGCUGCUGUCAACCAAGGUGGCAAUUCAUUCUGUGCUUGAAAAACUUUUUAGAAGCAUUUGGAGUUUACCCAACAGCAGAGCCCCAUUUGCUAUAAAAUACUUUUUUGACUUUUUGGAUGCCCAGGCUGAAAACAAAAAAAUCACAGAUCCUGAUGUUGUACAUAUUUGGAAAACAAACAGCCUUCCUCUUCGUUUCUGGGUAAACAUCCUGAAGAACCCUCAGUUUGUCUUUGACAUUAAGAAGACGCCGCACAUAGAUGGCUGUUUGUCAGUGAUUGCCCAGGCAUUCAUGGAUGCAUUUUCUCUCACGGAGCAGCAACUAGGGAAGGAAGCACCAACUAAUAAACUUCUCUACGCCAAGGAUAUCCCAACCUACAAAGAAGAAGUAAAAUCUUACUACAAAGCAAUCAGGGAUUUGCCUCCAUUGUCAUCUUCAGAAAUGGAAGAAUUCUUAACUCAGGAAUCUAAGAAACAUGAAAAUGAAUUUAAUGAAGAAGUGGCCUUGACAGAAAUCUACAAAUACAUCGUAAAGUAUUUUGAUGAGAUUCUAAAUAAACUAGAAAGAGAACGAGGGCUGGAAGAAGCUCAGAAACAACUCUUGCAUGUAAGAGUCUUAUUUGAUGAAAAGAAGAAAUGCAAGUGGAUGUAAGCACUCUGGGGCCUGGCUUAAUCUGGCAGAGUUCUUCAGACGACUUGGGAGCAAAAUGGCUGCUUGAGCUACUCUGUGUCGUUAAUUUUUUAAGUUUGCACAUAGGUUCCACUUUGAGCACUGUCUUCGUAAGAGACCAAGGUACAUGCACAGCUUUUAGAAAGCAGACCAAACAUUGUGCCUGUGGGAACCCUUCUGUAAAUAGAGUUGAAGUGGUUGUUGCAAACAGCCUCCUUGUUUACAGAGAAUACAGGGCCAGUAAGCAAGUGUCAGUAUUGUAACUACAGCCUCCACUUAAGCACAAUAAUAUAAGUGGUUUUGUUUGAAAACUACAGCUAGGUAGCACUUGUGACUACACUGCACCUCUGCAGAAAAGGGACACUGCCAGUGCUCAACACAAAAUGUGAAAUGAGUCAUUUGGAAACAAGGUGGGGGUGUUAGGGCAACCUCGAGGAUUUGCAGCAUUGAAACUUUCCCCAGUAGUUCUUGGAAAAGCUGACCGCAAAAUUUGGUAGUGUGUACACUUAGCAUUCGUGAGUGUGUAUAUGUGUUUUUAAACCAAAAACUAACAGUGUUGCAACAUCGUUGAAAGGGCUCGUGUUUUUCAGUGGUCACCAACUGCACUCAUCAAACUCACCUCCAUUUCACCAAGGAGCUCUAAAGCAAGGAGAGUUUUAUUUAAAUGCAAUAGCAUUUUACCCACUUCGUUCUAACUUAUAUUCCUUUUUUUCUUUUUCUAUUUUUUCAUACAGCAUGUAUCUGAUAGUGGGCAUACUGGGUAUUGUUUAAAAGAGAAAAUUCAUUAGUAGAUUACGUAUACUGUUUAAAAACUUGAUCAGAACUAUCUGUGGAAGAGUACUCGCUCUCCCAAUCCUACAUUUCUAGACUCGUGUCUCCUUGCUUUAGAUUUCAAGUGAACCCUGUGGUUAUAAAUACUUGUGUGUGAUUAAAAAAAAAUACAUUUUACAUUUCAUGAAAUUGCUGUUCACACUGGAGUAUAAUAUAUAAAUAUAUAUAUUUAAGGCUCAAGGCCUGAAAAUAUUAGUAUACAACUUGGUAUCUUAGUCUUACUAUGUACUUUUUGAAAGUAUUCCUCACAGGAGAAUUAAAAAUAUCCAUUUUAUUCAUGCCUUUCUUUUUAAAGAAUUCCCUUUCCAGUGAUACUGUAGUCUUUUUAUUGCUGAUUUUUUAUUCCUGAAUUUUUGCUGCUCAUGACCAAUUUUAAUACCACUGUGUUUUCCAUUAAACCAGAAGUAAAAACCGUAAUUGGCAACUCUCUCAAGCUUCUCUUAUGGCACCUUUUACCCUUGGUGUUCCAAAUUCCGAAUCUAGAAAAUAAAUAUUUUCAAAUAGCAAGCAAAACAUUGAUCACACAUUCCUUAAAAUCAUUUACCAAUACUGUAUGUAACAUCAGGAUUUAAAUGUGAAGUUUAUCUGAGAUAAAUGAAAUUCUUUUUUUCUCCUCAACAUCUGGUAAAGAGAGAGGUGACACCUCAACCAACUGAUCAGAAAUGAAGCAGUUACUGCCCUGAUAGCACCCUCCCAACCCCGUUGCUUUUGACCAUUGUCUGUCCAAUGGAGACACCUCAAAAAUACUACCAAAUAAGUUCCUUAUUAAGUAUUAAGGUGAGAGGUCUGGCCCCAUCUAGGGCUGCUGCAGUCUUGAAAGAUGUGAAGGAGUUCAUAAGUGAACACUAGUAGGAGAGCUGAGAGCCAAGGGUAGGAGAGUUGCCCAAAAGACUUCCCCUUCUUUAGGGUACAGAAAUGCUAAGAAAACUCAAAGGAUCAGCUACAGCUUUAUCUAAGUAUUUACUAAAUGCUACAGAUGAGGGUGUCCCUGUCCAGCUCUCUGGCACACAAGUCCUGUGUGGAGAAUUAUCUGCUCUUCAGGGACUGUGCUGUUGGGAACUUUGGGCAAGUCACUUACCUCUUUGUGCCUCGAUUUCUGUAUAAUAUUUCUAUCCUACCUCACUGAGGUGGCGUGAAGAUUCACUAAUGUAUGUAGCGUGUUUGUCAAUCUUCCAGUGAAAAGCACUGUCUAGAUCCACACUUUGGAUCACAUUAGCCAAACGCAGUAAAUGGCCAAAUCAGAUGUGUGCUGAAGACAAUCAGUCACUGGGUCCAUAUUAAACAGCAACCAGAGAAACAAAUGGCAAACAAUAUCUAUUUUCAAGUUUCUUCGCAUAUUUUUUUGGUGCAAAACGAUUCAUUUAUAAACUUUUUUUUCUAACACUAGUGUCUACAGCAGCAUUUAAAAAUUUAUUCAGUUACCUUUUCUGUAUUAGGAUUUAAAGUCUAUUUCUUAUUGUAUACCUGAUUGAAGCUGUUCUUGGAGAUGAAUGUUUUAAAUGUCUAUAUCCAGAAAUAAACAUUUUGAUGUAA